AGUCUCUCUGGUGUUCUUCAGAAGCCCCCACACACCACUAGCAGGGAGAAGUGCAGGGCAGCUACAGCACAGCAGUUGGGCCAGUUACUCAUUUUGUCUCAACCAGGCUCUGCCACCCCAAGAGCUUGCCAAGAUGUGUGACAUGGGGGGGCUUGACAACCUGAUUGCCAACACAGCCUAUCUGCAGGCAAGGAAGAGUGGAGAUGGAGACACCAAGGAGAUGCAAAAGAGACGUAAGAGCCUCUCACUGCCCAGGAUUGAUCAAUGCGGAGAGGUUAGACAGUCCAUUGUUGCUGAUUAUGACAGCAUCUGUGAGCAGCAGCCCAUUGGCAAGAAAUUCUUCAGAGACUUCUUGGAGACAGUGCCAGAACAUUUGGUAGCUAGGGACUUCCUGGAUGAGGUGUCAAACUGGGAGUUGGCAGAGGACAACGUCAAGAGCAGUACCAUGGAGAAUAUGAUCACCAAUUUUCUUACGGCAGGCUCCAAAAACUAUCUGGCUUUCAUGAGCUCUGACUUGGCCAGCAAAUGUCAGGCAGCUACUGCAAAAGACUAUGAGAAUGUCAUGCAGCUGGCCAAGGAGGAAACCAAACUCUUCCUUAAAGGCAAGCCCUUCCAGGACUUCCAGACCAGCCCCUUCUAUGACAAAUUCCUCCAAUGGAAAGGUUUUGAGAAGCAGCCAGUAACUGAGAAAUACUUCUAUGAGUUCCGAGUGCUGGGCAAAGGUGGCUUUGGAGAGGUUUGUGCCAUCCAGGUGAAAAAUACUGGCAAGAUGUAUGCCUGCAAGAAACUGGAUAAGAAAAGGUUGAAAAAGAAAGGUGGAGAGAAGAUGGCACUACUGGAGAAAGAGAUCCUGGAGAAGGUCAACAGCCCUUUCAUAGUCACACUAGCUUAUGCCUAUGAGAGCAAAAGCCAUCUGUGUCUUGUCAUGAGCCUCAUGAAUGGAGGGGAUCUGAAGUAUCACAUCUACAAUGUGGGAGAAAGGGGUUUAGAAAUGAACAGGGUCAUCUAUUACUCAGCUCAGAUCACCUGUGGGAUUCUGCAUCUCCAUUCCAUCAAGAUUGUGUACCGGGACAUGAAACCAGAAAAUGUCCUCCUAGAUGAUAACGGUAAUUGCAGACUGUCUGAUCUUGGAUUGGCAGUGCAAGUCAAAGAGGGAAAAAGCAUCACUCAGAGGGCUGGGACAAAUGGUUAUAUGGCUCCAGAAAUCCUGAAAGAAGAAGAUUACAGCUACCCUGUGGACUGGUUUGCUAUGGGGUGUAGUAUUUAUGAGAUGGUUGCUGGGCGAACACCAUUCAAGGAUUUCAAAGAAAAGGUCGGUAAGGAUGAGGUUAAAAGAAGAACUCUGGAAGACGAGGUGAAAUUUGAACAUGCCAAGUUUACAGAGGAAGCAAAAGAUAUUUGCCGACUGUUUUUGGCUAAGAAAACAGAAAAUCGUUUAGGAAGCAGAAAUGAAGAUGAUGACCCAAGAAAACAUAGUUUCUUCAAAACAAUAAAUUUCCACAGGCUAGAGGCAAACCUUAUUGACCCUCCAUUUGUGCCAGAUCCAUCAGUUGUCUAUGCCAAAGAUGUUGCAGACAUUGCUGACUUCUCUGAAAUACGAGGAAUUGAGUUUGAUGACAAAGAUAAGAAGUUCUUCAAAAAGUUUGCAACAGGUGCUGUCCCUAUAGCCUGGCAGGAAGAAAUUAUUGAAACGGGACUGUUUGAAGAACUGAAUGAUCCUAACAGAGUAGAUUCCGGGGGUUAUGCAAAUGGAGGUGAAGCUAAGUCAGGAGUUUGUUUGUUGUUGUAAAUAUCACAUCAUUAAUAAAAAGAGUAGAAACCACCUCAGAACUUCCCGUAUUCUGACACUGUUUCAGAAACUCAGUGCAUUUGUUUAAGAAGAACCAAUCAGUGUAAUAUGACAUUGACAGGCUAUGUAGGACCACCAGCUGUAUAGACUGUAUUAUUUUCCUUUGCUCUAACAAAGGAGAUAAUACUUUUGUUUUAUUGGAGAUUUAUCAAGAUGAAGAACCAUAUUUCUCUAAGAAACUUAGAAUGAUAGAAAUUCUGAAAUACAAAAAGCAAUAAUUAGAGUGAAGAGGCAACACCUUUUGAAAAUGACUGACGACCAUUUUGAAUACAAUGAUUUGUUGGUUUUCUUUCUAUUUUCUUGUUAUUUCUACUAACAUUUCCUCUUUGUUCUACAGUUUUCAGGAAAGAUUUUUUUAAUUUUCGAGUAAUGUUCUCAGUUAGACAAUGGAGCUCAUAUACCAUGUCAAACUUGGAAUCUUAUUGGUUAGCCAGUCUGUCUGUCGUUUUCUUAAUUUCUGUUAGUUUUUGGAUGGUUUGAUUGUAAUAUGUUCAAAUUGUCAUAAAAUGUAAAAGAAGGCUCUACAUAUCACUAGGAAAUAGGACUGACAGGAUCAAACUCUUUUCAAAGUUGAUUUUAACAGUGAAGAUAAGAUUGCACCAAUUUGAUUGAAUAAAGCGUUUAUUUAUUAUUA